CCAUCGCCGGGCGGGCCGGGAUGGGGCUCGGGGGCUGGUGGCGGGCAGCGCGGGCCCUGCGGGCGGCGGGCGGCGGCUGGAGCGGGGCGGCAGCGCCCGGRCCCGCCUGCCGCAGCCUCUGCGCCGCCGGCGCGCCCAACCUCUCCUACCAGGAGCUCAAAGACUUGAAGAAGGCCAACGUCCUCCACAUUGACGUGCGGGAGAGGUGGGAGAUCGACAGGUUUGGAAAAAUCCCGGAGUCCAUCAACAUACCGCUGGGUGAAUUAAUGGAAGCUCUACAAAUGGACCCAACAGAGUUUAAGGAGCAGUAUAAUCAAAAGAUGCCAUCCAAGUCAGACCCUGUGGUAUUCUCCUGUAUGGCGGGAACAAGAAGUAAACAAGCACUUGGUUUUGCCAUGUCCUUGGGUUUCAGCAGAGUGCAGCAGUAUGCUGGUGGCUUUGAUGACUGGGUAAGACAUGAACCUCCAGAGAAGAAAUGAAGAUGACUGCCCCAACCCUUACCCUAUCAAGGCUGCAGGAUGGUUUGUAGGUUUUAGCAAACCAGAUGCAUUCCACUUCCAUARUAAAGCUCACUACUGGCUUUUUGUGUAAAUGGACAUUCACCUUCAAACUGCUUGGUUUAAAUUAUGCCUAAAGACUACAACACAAACAGAGACAAAUUAAAUUUGCUCAACCUUUCAACCUUUACAUUGGGUUAUGGUUUUGGUGAAUGCAUGUGAAGAGAACCUAAGUGCUGAUUAUGUUUACUUUUUUGUAUGAUGUAGUUUAUGACUGUUUGAACUAAUGAUGAUAGGACAAAUAAAAUUAUUAUUUCUCAAAUACCUG